AUGAGCAGCACCGACCUGGAGCGCAUGUCGCUCAGCUCCUCGGCCAACUCGGUGGCCUCCAGCGCGCGGACGCUGUCGGCCAACGUGCGGAAGCUGCACAACGCGCUCAACCUCCUGCUCAACGACUUCGAGAGGGAGCAGUUCAUCCACUGCCUCAACGUCUACCACUCCAAGCGCAACGUGUACGACCUGGUCCAGACCCUCAACGUCAUCCUCAACGCGCCCAGCAAGCGGCAACUUCUGCCCAUGCUGCGGCUGGUCAUCCCGCGCUCCGACCAGCUGCUCUUCGAGCAGUACACCUCGGAGGGCCUCUACUUGAAAUCGGAUUUAGUUGCGACGAGCAACGGCGAUGCCGAAACCCCGCAGGGCGACUUCCCCGGCGCCAGUCCGACUCCCCCGGGGCGUUUUUCGCCGAGCAACCCGCCCGAGUACCAGGUGGCGUUGCGCGGCUCGCCGGACAGCUUCAGCACCAGCAGCGACGGGACAGCUCCGCUGGUGCCGCUGCUCGGGAGGAACUUCGUCCACGAGCCGCCGGGCGAGAUGCGCCAGGUCACCAUGAAGCGGCACAAGAGCAACGAGGGCCUGGGCUUCAGCAUCCGCGGCGGCUCGGAGCACGGGGUCGGCAUCUACGUGUCCCUGGUGGAGCCCGGCAGCCUGGCGGAGAAAGAGGGUCUCCGGAUCGGCGACCAGAUCAUGAAAGUCAACGACAAAGUCUUCGACAAAGUCACUCAUGCUGAAGCAGUGAAGGUGCUGAAGGGCAGUAAAAAGCUUUGCCUCUCUGUGCGUUCAGUCGGGCGGAUUCCAGGCGGCUAUGUCACCAACCACGUCUACACCUGGGUUGACCCUCAGGGUCGCAGUGUGUCCCCGCCCCCUGACCUGCCGGAGCAUCGGAGCGCCACGCUGAGAAGAACUGACAGCCAGCGACGCAGCAACAUGCAGCUCCUGCAGGAGGGAGACGAGAAGAAGGUCAACUUGGUUUUGGAUGACGGCCGCUCCCUGGGUCUAAUGAUACGGGGGGGAGCAGAGUACGCUCUGGGUAUUUACAUCACUGGAGUGGACCAGGGAUCAGCAGCAGAGUGUGGAGGACUCAAGGUCGGCGACCAGAUCCUGGAGGUGAACGGACGCAGCUUUCUGAGCAUCCCGCACGACGAAGCCGUCAGGGUCCUGAAGUCGUCGCAGCACCUGAUGAUGACGGUGAAAGACGUGGGCCGCCUGCCGCACGCCAGGACGGUGGUGGGCGAGACCAAGUGGAUCGCCAGCUCGCAGAUCGGAGGGUGCUCCGCCGACAGCAGCGUGGCAGGCUUCUCGAUGGACAAAGGAGCCUCUGCAGCAGGAAAGCCGGGGUUCUACAAAGGCGUGGCGGGCUCACAGGUGACCCUGUCCAGCCUGGUGAACCAGUCGCGGGCCAUGCUGGAGGAGCAGGCGCGCCACUUGCUGACCGAGGCGGAGCGCCAGACCAUGGUCUACUACGUGGAGGAGUACCGGGACGGGCACAUCGGCGUGGAGCAGCUGGUCGUGGCGCUGUUCGAGCUGCUCAACACGCACGCAAAGUUCUCUCUGCUGUCAGAGGUGCGAGGCCUGGUCACCCCACAGGACCUGGAGCACUUUGACGCGCUGGUGCUGAGGCGAGAAAUUCAGGCUCUAAAAGCGCGCCAGGGGACAGCCGGAGCCACGGCGCUCCAACCAGACUCCAUGUCCAUGGUGUCUUACCCGGACACCCUGACCUCGUCUUCAGCCAGCUUCAUGACCAACACCACCCUCAGCUCUGCGCGGAACGACAGCGUGGUGGAGAGUAAUGAGCAUUGUCCUCCGGAGAGUCUGAGCGCGCUGCUGACCGACGUCUCUCUGGACGACGUACAGUCCAACACAGCUGAAUCUCCCCCCUCCUUCAAGCCUCCGCCCCCACCGGGGGUGCAGAGGCGCCCGACUAGACGAGAGCAGCUCAACAAGUGCCCCUCGUCCGAGUCCUCCCACUCAGGCCUGUACUUCACGGCCCCGGCCUCUCACAACCACGGCAAAGCGCCAGGACACGCCCCCGCCUUGCCCUCGCUACACCACAAACGAGAGCAUCCCAGGGACCCGUCUCGGGAGUACGCGGUCAUCAGAAAGAGAGAACCCCCGGUACCUCCAAAGAGAGAACAGAUAACAGCUGCUCAGUUGUCUUUGGUCUCGCAGCACCACAUCGGCCCUUUCCCCAGGGUCCGGUCCCCCAACAGGGGCCCGAAACCCGCUGCCCCGUCCCCUUCGCCUCCACCUCCGCCUCCACUCCCUGCUCCUCCCCCGCCCCCUUCCCUCCCCUUUAAAACAGUGCCCAUGUCCAAAGCCUCCCCCUCCUCUCCUGGCUCUAAACAGCAGUUUGUUACGGUGGAGGUUCACAGGCCCAACGCAGAGCCCGACUUCAACGAGGUGCGGCCGCUGCCCCAAGCCCGAGGUGGCGCCCUGUCUCAGCUGUCAGACAGCGGCCAGACCCUCAGUGAGGACAGCGGGGUGGACAUAGCUGAGUCAGGACACAUCAGCAAAGACAGCAGCCCCCAUUCCUCACGCACACGCCACCCCCGAGACACCCUGGGGGGUGGCGGGGGAAACCCCUCCAAACCGCCGGGGCUGUUGGAGCCCACCUCGACACUAGUGAGGGUGGCAAAGAGUGCCAGCACUCUGGGUAUUGCCAUUGAAGGUGGAGCCAACACCCGCCAGCCGCUGCCACGAAUUGUCACAAUACAGAGAGGUGGUUCAGCUCAUAACUGCGGCCAGCUGAAGGUCGGUCAGGUGAUCCUGGAGGUGAACGGGGUUUCCAUGAGGAGCCGCGAGCACAGGGACGCCGCGCGCCUCAUCGCCGAGGCCUUCAAGACCAAAGAGAGGGACCACGUGGACUUCCUGGUGACCGACUUCAACGUGGCGCUAUAG